CAGACAGACAGACAGCAGUAUUAGCUCGGUGGUGUGUCCGCCGCUGCAUUCAUAGGCUGCAGCCUGCUGUGGUCAUGAGGCGGUCUGAAGGAGUCUGGAGUCAAAUUCCUGAACACGUAGGAGCUCCUCGCGCUGCUCCAACACGACGCACGGCUGACGCAGGGGCGCAGCGACUAACGGAUUACUGAUCAACUCAUCGAUGAGACACAGAUUUAUAUUUAUUACUUCUACAACUAACCUACAGCUCGUUUUCGGAUGUUUUUCUAUUUUUUCCCAAACAAGAAACAUCACAUGAAGAUCUUUCUCACUUGGACCGUCUGUUGACGCGCUGCUGGAGCUACUUGUUCACCGCAGAGGAGACAUAUAACCAUCUCAAGUAUCAAUACUUGUGUCAGGAAAUGUUUGUUACAGACAAAGGAGCGCGUGUAAAAAGCCGGGUUCACACGUCAGUCCGAAGCGGUGGAAAAAAAUAACAGCCUGGGUUCACUUUUCCACAGCGGAAAUGAGCUCAGUCCCAUAGCCUGGCUCCGCUUCUUCUGAAACAUGGUCGCUCCAGCUCCAUGUAGAGCUGCCGGGAUCUGACACUCUCUGACUUCUGCCCGCAGACAGCUUGUUGUGGAUGGAAAGAUGUUUGCUGGACUGAUGGGGCUGGAGUGUCACAGUAACUCUCUGCUUCACCACCGCCAAGUCAUGGAAGGUGGCAGAGCAUCAGGGACAGCUGGCAGCUCCGCUCGUAAGAGGCUCCACCGGAGACCAGGGUACAUGAGAGGAGAGCAGUCCAGACUACAGACUACUCAUGGGCAGGAGGAGGAGGAGGAAGAAGAGGAGGAGGAAGGGAGGACCAAUUGCAUUCGGAAUGGAAAAUCUGGACGUCACAGUGACAUCACCGAGGGAACCAGCGCUCAGAGGAUGAGUCAUUCACCUGCUGUCAAAGUGUCCUUAAUGACUCAGCAAAGGCCUGAUAAACUUACAUGUAGCACCUGGAAGAGUAACAGUUUUGACUCCCCUGUUACUCGUCCUCGUCCCCCUGUGGACUGCAGUAGCAUUAAUGGUACAUCCAGCCUCCGGGGUCCAUGUUCUCCACCCCAGAAUGAACUCAGGUUAACCUCAAGCCCAGCCCCCAGGCCCUCACCGGAGGACUCCUUUAACUCCAGCUUCAGUUUCAUCCAACAGUCUCUCAAGUCCAGCCAGAGGACAGACACAACCACUGCCACACCAACCCGGGAACCAGAACCACUGAAUCAGUCAACUAAAGCACCUAGUUCACCUAAAACCAGAGCAGCAACCUUACCCAUUACGCACAACAUCUCAAAACAGUCAACUCCCAUCCAAUCACCACCCUCCUCCACCCCAAGCAGCCAGGCAGAGAGAGAGGAGCUGUCAUUGGGCAGGGGGUUUUGGCGGGACUGUCUGUGGGGUGACAGGGAGGUUACGCCCGACCUGCCUGACGGUGACUCUCGAUCUCUGGACAUAGAGAUCACCUCCUCACUGUCAGUGGACUCAGACACUGCGUCCGCCUCUUCUGUCACCUCCGGCUACGAGAGUGCCACGCCUGCUUCCGACCAAGGCUGGGACAACCUGGUGAAGAAGUACGAGGGUGUGCUGCAAGACUGCCUCCAGAACAACCGCACACACACCAAGAUUGAGUCCAUGAUGUUGAAGCUGCAGAGGCUCCAGCAGAAAGCCAUUUUGGAUGACGACUAUGACGCAGCUGAGCGUUUUGGGAAAAAGCUGGAGGAGCUGUGCAGGGAGCGAGGCGCUCUGAAGUUGGGUCUACCCUCCACACAGCCCAGCGUGGCUCAGUUCCUGGAGCGGCUCAGGCAGGUGGUGCACAGCGCCCUCCAGAGGGCAGACUGCAGUCAGUGCAGGGAGAGUCUGGAGCCAGAUGUGUCCGACACAUUGCAGGGUCCGCUGCAUCGAAGAGAUCGCCUGAUCCAGGAGAGACGGCUUGUAGAGGAGGAGAUAGCAGAGCUGCAGCAGAGGCUGACGGAGCUGAAGGACCGCAGUCGAUUCCUGGAGCAGCAGAUCCAGCAGGAGGAGCAGCAGGUGGAGGCCGAGGAGCUGGAGGGCUCCGUGCUGAAGAGCUGCACCAUUGCCCAGCUCCGCGAUAUGAGCCGAACCCUGCAGGACCUCAUCACCUCUGAAAACCGCAUGCAGAUCUCCGUGUCUCCUUCACCCUCCAUGCUCAGACUCCAGGAGCAGGAGCAGGCACUGAAUCUGUCCAUCAAGGAAGCCACCGCCAAAGUGGUCAUGAGUCAGAGGCUGGGCAGCAGCCUGAGGAGGAAAGUCAGCGAGACUGAAACUCAGCUUUUAGCUCUGCAUGAAGCCAAGCUGGCGGCCAUCUCAGGUAAUGACUUCAGCAGUGCCAAGGAGCUGAAGGCUGAGAUGAAGGCGGUGUACCUGGAGCGGGACCGACUGGAUGCUCUGGCUAAGAGGCUGCACAGCCUCAGCUCGGGGAGCAGCCAGGAGCUAGCCAGGAUGAAGGAGCAGCGGCAGCAGCUCAGGCAGGAGCUGGAGCAGAGGGAGGCCCAGCACGAAAGCCGACUGAAAGAGAACACUACCAAGUAUAUCAAGCUGUUGGAGGACAGAUUGCACAGUUGUGGCUGUCCAGGCUUGGAGCGGAUCUGGGAAGCAGAUUUGGAGGCAUGUCACCUCUUCCUGCGAGGACUCCAGUUGCGGACUCCCAGCUGCAGCGGAGGAGACAUCGAAGACCUCCCCACUGCAGCAGUUUAUCCUCCAACUCAGCCGUGCACCAAAGAAGAAGAAGACUGCGCCAUGCUGACUGCAUUGGGAGGGCGCUGGUGUCCUGAGGCCAACUUACAGAACUCUGAGUUCACUAAGAAAUUGGAGGAGUUCCUGUUCUGCAUGGAGGAUAAUCACCCAGAGGACGGGUGCAGCGAGGCUGCAGACCUGACCGAGCGCUGCGAGCAGAUCAGUGACAGACUAAUGACCUUGGAAGAUGAAUUGCAGACGGCCAUACUGAACCGCGAUCAGGCCCUCACCCAGUCGCUGGAAAAGGAGGUCCAGGAAGUAAAAGCCACUUUACAAACUAUGCUUGCACAGCUCAAAGAGGAAGAAGAGGAGGAAGAGGAAGUGAACGAGUUACGAGAUGAUGACCUCAUGAAAAAUGAGACGGAAGAAGAAGAAGAGGAGGAAGAGGAGGAAGAAGAGGACCAGUACUUCAGUGACAGCUGGGGCAUUUGAAAUGGAUGCUUGUCAUGUUUUAUGACCACUCACACACAGACUGGCUCUCUGACAGCCUGACCUCAGCUUUGCAGUAGGACUGACCCCAUAUCCAUUUACUGUAAAGCCUCACUCAAAGGGCUUCACAGCCAGCCUCUGUGGUACUGCUGAAAGUUUCCAGUACAAAGCCUUGGAAAGUCUGUGUAACAUUUGAUCCAACUACAAAUGGAAGAACAUGAAGGAUUUUGAUAUAAAUGCAAAAUAUGAGAAACUUUAAUGCAAAUUUAUGAAGUUCCUCAAAUCUUGCCAGCCUGAGUUUAAGCAGGUAGAGAGUGCCUUGGGCCACAGAGCUGACAUAGUGAUUAUUUUUUCAAUUGAGAUGUUUUUGGAAACAGGUUUUCAUGUCAUGUCUUACUAGUGCUGAAGAAAUAGGUGGAAUUUUGUUUCAUAAGGGUUUAUUGUAAGAAUGUGACCAGUUGUAAGAUUAUUUGGUUUAUUAAGGGUUUUUCAGUUGCUCUGAUCUGUUGCCAUGUGCAAACAUGUUGAGUCUCAGAAGUUUCAAAUUAUCAGCCUUAAAGGGACAGUACACCCCCAAUUCAAAAAAGAUGUAUUUACCUGCUACUUAUCAGUCUAGAUUGUUCUGGUGUGAGCUGCAAAGUUUUGGAGAUAUCGGCUGUAAAGAUAUCUGCCUUCUUUCCAAUACGAUUUGACUAGAUGGCA